UUUCCAGUGUCCUCUGCUUCUGCUACACUCUCUCUCUCUCUCUCUCUCUCUCUCUCACAUGGGGAACCCUUUGUUUCGCAGCCUCCGUAGAGCUUCUUCUCUCACUUCUCUUCUCAACGUCUCUUCCUCCAAUACUCUCACUUUCAGGUCAAUUUUCCACCAAUCAAAUCCAAUUUUCGCUCCAUUCAGACUUCAAAUUUCAUUCUUUCCAUCGAACCCUUGGUGGGUAUUCAGAAAUCUGAGUCACGGUUCAGUCAAUCUCGUGAUAUCCCAAGGAAAACCCAAGUUCGAGACCCAUGAAAUCGAUCCUCCGAAGAAGGAGAAGUGGAAGACUAAGAAGAGGUUGAAGCAACAGAGGAUGAGAGAGAAGCAGAAGAGAAAAGCGGCCAAUAAGAGAGACCCCCGAUGGCUCGGCGUAAAAGGGAAGAAAAAGAAGAAGUUUGCUAAUGCUGAGGAGCGAAUCAAAGACAAACUUGAAAAAGCAAAAAUUAAGGAAGCCAUGCUGAUCGAAAGACUUAAGCGGUAUGAAGUUCCUAAACUACAGUGUCCUGCGCCUAAACCACAUGACUUAACUGGUGAGGAAAGGUUCUAUUUGAAAAAGAUGGCCCAGAAAGGGUCUAACUAUGUACCAGUUGGGAGAAGAGGAAUCUUCGGAGGUGUGAUUCUUAACAUGCAUAUGCAUUGGAAGAAACAUGAAACUGUCGAGGUCAUCUGCAAACCUUGUAAACCUGGUCAGGUACACGAGUAUGCAAAUGAAAUUGCCAGGUUGAGUGGUGGAAUUCCAAUUCACAUAAUCGGAGAUGACACCAUAAUCUUUUACCGAGGAAAGAAUUAUGUGCAGCCAGAAGUUAUGUCGCCGAUUGAUACAUUGUCCAAGAAAAGGGCACUGGAAAAGUCAAAGUAUGAGCAAUCACUCGAGUCCGUGAGACACUUCAUUGCGAUUGCUGAGAAGGAACUAGAACUAUAUUACAGACACGUUGCACUUUAUGGCAGCCCAAAUAGUCGGAGUCCCAACUCAAUUCUUGACAGUCCAAAAAGAGGCAAUGAGGAGCCAAAGAGAAUUGAACCUACCGUAGAAGGGAACCUUGACUCAACUAUUAGUGGAUUUUCCCCAGCUCUUUCAGAGGCAGAGAUUGAUUCCACAGAUCAUGAACUAUCUGAAACUGAAGAUGAUUUUCUAGAUGAAGACCCAUCUGUAGGUGAAAUAGAUGUUGAUGAUGACAACGUAUCUAGAAAUGAUUUGGAUUCUUGUGAUGAAGGAGAGGAGACAUUAACCAAAAUGUUAGGAUCAUCACCAUUGUAUAGAAGUGGGUGGGAUGCUGAUAAUCAAGGAUUUCAAAGUGAAAAUAAACUAUAAUAAGAAACUUGUGAUUUGAUUUAACUUAAAUUUUCUUUGUUUUCACGAUGUUCUUUUGUUUGGGAGGUAAAGACUUGAUAUUUUAUGUGGUUGCUGUCA